AUGUGUCCUCGACGUAAUAAUUCAGAUACGCCAUCAAAUUCAGCAAAACGACAAGAACGUGACAUUCGUCGGCAAGAACAAAAAGCUCGCGAUAAAAAAGCUCACCCCCGCAAAGAUGAAAAUAGCGGAGCAUUUAAUAAUCAAUUACGAGCAUUUAAUUUACAGUUGAGGCCUAUUGUUGGCGAUGGCAAUUGUCUAUUUCGAAGUUUUGCCGAUCAGAUGGAUGGUAAUCAACAUCGACAUGCUUACUAUCGAGAAAAAAUUUGUGACUAUAUGCGUGCGAAUCGUCCAGAUUUUGAGCCAUUUAUUGUUGAUGAAUCGUUCGAUACAUUUAUUCGUUCGCUUUCAAAAGAUGGAACGUUUGGUGGAAAUGAAUGUCUUGUUGCCUUUUCACGUUUGUUCGAUGCGAGAAUAUGUAUACAUCAAUUAAAUCAACCAGUUUGGAUGGUAUGUUUUUUUGAACCUCCUCAACAUGAAAUUCAUAUAUCAUAUCAUGACUAUGAACAUUAUUCAUCGGUAAGAAAGCUAGGUGAUCAUACAUCUACAACAGCAAAUAUUCGACAAUCAAUGACAACCUGUAAUGUAUCAACGGUCAAUGAAAAACAUAAAAAGACAACCAACGAUACAACUUAUGGUGCUUGUGCUGCCGAGUCAAUAGAACUAUUUACUGAACACGAUGUAGAUUAUAUUCUUUCACAAUUAACAAAUCCUGUUGAUCCUCAAUUAGUUCGUGAUACGUUAAAUGAUACUGAUGGAGAUAUUGAUGGAACUAUUGCUUAUUUACUUGCGCUAGAUAUUCCACCAAUAGACAAUUCAGUUGUUAUUCAAGAAUCCAAUGAAUCUGUAGACAAAAUAAUGUCGGUUACAGAAAUAUACAAUGUUGAUCUAGUGCAAGACUCAUUAGCUCAUAAUAAUCUCGAUAUUGAUUCAACUGUUGAAUCUUUACUAAAACUUCAAGCCAACGAUGAUGAAAAAUAUGAAGAGAUUUCAAAUGAGGAAACAUCAGAAAAUGAAAAAACAAAUAAAAAUGCGAAACAAAAAAAUCGACCUGCAUCCACUAGUCAAAAGAAAGCGGAUAAGAAAAAAGCUAAAAAACAACGAGCAUUCGAAAAGCAUCGUGCACAAAUUAUAGCUUCUACUGGAAAAACAACAACAACAACGACGAAACAAACAGAAGAAAAUUUGAAUCCACCCGCCAAUAACGCGCAGGAGCCUGUGCCACCUGCGAAUAUGGAAUUUAUCAAUAUAUGA